CAUAACAAGUGAUAACAAGUUAUGUACUUGGAGCUUUUCUGGUAAUUUCGAAAGCAUGGCGACCGCUUUAAGAUUGAGAUGCGCGAUUAAAUUAGGAAAAUCUCUUUCGAGACCGUUGAGUCGCAAUUUUGAGAAAGAAUUUUUAGAAAGACAGUGUCGGAGACUUUCAGUUACAGCAGGCAGUCCAAUAAGAUGUUACUCUUCUCAAACUGCAACUCAAACCACAGAGUAUCACAAUAUCAUAAAGGAUACAGAGAAAUCUACAGGUGAAGGUAUUAAACAUGAAUUUAAAUCUGAAACACAGAUGCUCUUAGAAAUUGUUGCAAAGUCCUUGUAUUCGGAAAAAGAGGUAUUUGUUCGUGAAUUGAUCUCCAAUGCAAGUGAUGCUCUUGAAAAACUAAGAUAUAUGAGAUUAAGUAACAGUGAGGUAGCAGAGGCUAUUGGUGAUAGAAGUUUAGAGAUUCAUAUUGCUACUGAUAAGCACAAUAGAACACUUACUAUUCAGGAUACUGGAAUUGGAAUGACUCGCGAGGAAUUGGUAUCAAAUUUGGGAACUAUAGCCAGAUCUGGUUCUAAAGCUUUCUUAGAGAAAUUGAAGGAGAAACAAGAUGCUGGCGAUACAUCUCAAAUUAUCGGACAAUUUGGCGUUGGUUUCUAUAGUGCUUUCAUGGUUGCUGAUAAAGUGGAAGUAUUCACCCAAUCCUACAACAAGGAUGCUGAAGGACUUUGUUGGUCUUCCGACGGUUCAGGUACUUUUGAAAUCUCAACAGCUGAAGGUGUCCAACCGGGAACGAAAAUUGUAAUUCAUUUAAAACUUGAUUCUCGUGAAUUUAGCGAUGAAACAAUAAUUAAUCGUAUUAUCAAUAAGUAUAGCAACUUUGUUGGUAGUCCGAUUUAUGUUAAUGGUAAAAGAGCUAACACAAUUCAGCCACUGUGGAUGCUUGAUGCAAAACAUAUUAAGCCUCUUCAACAUGCGGAAUUCUAUAGAUUUAUUGGGAAUUGUUUUGAUUCUCCACGAUUUACAUUACAUUACACUACCGAUGUUCCAUUGAGUAUUAGAGCACUGUUAUACUUCCCUGAAGAAAGACCAGGGUUGUUCGACCUGGCUAGGGACACAUCCAGCGGAGUUUCUUUAUAUAGUCGUAAAAUUCUAAUAAAAAGUAAAGCAGAAAAUAUUUUACCGAAGUGGCUGCGUUUCGUUAAGGGUGUCGUUGAUUCAGAAGAUAUUCCACUUAAUCUGAGUCGAGAGUUGUUACAGAAUAGUAUUUUAAUUGGAAAAUUGAGGAGUGUUUUAACAGCGCGCGUUUUGAAAUUUUUAAAUGAACGAUCUCAAAAGCAGCCUGAAGACUAUAACAAGUUCUAUAGUGAUUACGGUCUAUUCUUGAAGGAAGGUGUAGUUACCAGCAAUGACCAGAAGGAGAAGGAAGCAAUAAGUAAACUUUUACGGUUCGAGUCAUCUACAAUGCCGGCAGGAGAAUUAGUUACGUUAUCAGAUUAUUGCAAGCGUAUUCCCGAAGGUCAAAAGCACAUAUAUUAUUUAUCUGCUCCAAGUCGAACCUUAGCCAUACAGUCACCAUAUUAUGAAUCUCUGAAAAAACGUAACGUGGAAGUAUUGUUCUGUUACGAACAGUACGAUGAUCUAGUUUUAAUGCAUUUAAGACAGUUUAAGUCUUAUUCCUUAACUUCUGUUGAAAAGGAAAUGCGCGAAGAAUCAGAGUCGGGUAAAUCUGACAAUCUUGAUGUUAUCAAUCAGGGAGAAAUCAAUAAUCUUAUUGGUUACAUGAGAAACAUUCUAACGAAAAAAGCAUAUGAUAUUAAAAUAACUACUCGUCUUGAAUCCCAUCCAUGUGUCGUCACCGUGAAUGAUAUGUCGGCUGCGAGGCAUUUUAUUCGUACGCAAGCUCAUCAAAUGGACGACGAGACGCGAUAUUCUAUUCUCCAGCCACGUUUUGAAAUUAAUCCGAAACAUCCACUUAUUAAGAAACUUUGUCAGUUGACAAAAACGGAUACUAAAUUGGCAGAUCUUCUCAUUCAGCAGUUGUUCACGAGUUGCAUGGUUGGCGCCGGUUUAAUUGAUGAUCCUCGAAUAUUAUUAACACCAAUGAAUGAACUAUUAACUUUAGCAUUAGAAAAGUAUUAAUUUAUAAUUAAUUGACGACAUUGCCAGCUUUACUUGUCGAUAAGUCA